CUCCCAUUUAUUCACUGUGUUGCCCCCUCCUUGUUAAGGCUCAUGUGACUUUGAGCAUCAUGCCUGUGGUUGGUAUGACACCAGUGAUGAUAUGUCCUACCACUGGAGAUGGCAGGUGGCAAACAUCACCUCAAUACCUGGACUGGACCAUACCACAGGAAGUCCCUUGGGACAUGUCAUGCAUAUAGAUGGAAAACAAGACGGUAGCAUAUUUUCAACGGCUAGAUUGGAGUUGUCUGUAGACAACCUCGCAGCUCUGGGAUGCGAGAUCAGCUUCUGGUACCAUAUUUAUGAUAAGUCAUCGUACUCGUCAUCAACCCUUAAGCUAAGAAUGGUCAGAGGCAGAACUGUGCAAGACUUGGUUGAGAUUUCUAAAAGUACGACAGACAGUUGGGGGAAUGCCACAGUCUUCAUCGGUAAUCAGCCGGGAGGAUACAAGCUGCAGUUUUUAUUCAGCCCUCCAAUUUCAUCAGAAGCAGACGUUAUGCUGGAUGAUAUCAGCUUUGACAACUGUGGAGAGGGAGAUGUCCCUGCAGGGUCAGACCAACUCUCGUGUGAUUUUCAAAAAGACACCUGUUCUUGGUACCAUGACUACACUGCCAGCCUUUUGUGGAAAAGGAGUAAUGGGAAAUAUAAUGAAGGCCCAACUGGGAAUGGCUACUACAUGCUCAUAAAUACUGAGCUCAAACCACAUAAUUCAUCAACAGCCAGACUCAUCAGCUUCCCUCGACCUGCAGGUCAAGUCAUAUGUGUGAGCUUCUUGUACCACAUAUUUGGCAGCAGCAUUGGUUCAUUGAAGUUUAUUGCAAAGCGUUCUGGUGAAGCAGAGACGGUUGUAUGGAUGAGAAGUGGCACCCAGGGAAACAAAUGGAGAUUUGCAGAUCUUGCCUUCAACAGUGACAAACCAAUACAGUUUAUUAUAGAAGCUGUGGUAGAUGGAAAGCAAGGCAGCAUAGCCAUUGAUGACAUAAUGGUGUCCAGCAGUGAGAAUGGCACUUGUCCGGCUGAGAGAGAGUGCACCUUCCAGGGCUCCCUGUGUGGUCUGCUGCCCCAACCGUCAGCAAACUUCACCUGGAGCCGGAUCACUGGGGCGUCCCAACCAGCCAACUCUUCAGGCCCCGCCACAGAUCACACUCUGGGGACAGAGCAAGGUUAUUAUCUGAGUGCCCAGUUGUGGCGUCACCCUAUGGGGUCCAGAGGCGCAGUGAUGACUGCAGUGAUGGAGCCCACCGCUCCUGGCGGGGAAUGCCUCAUGUUCUGGUACUACAUGGAGGGAAGUGGAGUGGGUGAACUCAGUGUUUACCUUCAAACCCCAGACAGCCAGAGACGCUCCACCGAGCUCUGGACUAGAAGGGGAGAUCAGGGGAAGCACUGGAGGCACGGAAGAUUGACCCUUGUCAGUCCCAACACCCCGUAUCAGGUGAUUUUUGAGGCGGUGGUCGGGGAUGGACCGAGGAGAGAUAUCGCCAUUGACGACCUCAUUGUCCUUAAUGACGCAUGUCCCCCACCAGGUUUUUGUGACUUUGAAAUGGACUUCUGUGGUUGGGUGAACAGUCCUCCAGCAGAGACUGGAGUGGACUGGGACUGGCUGUCAGGUGAAAGUGGCGGUAAUAUAUUUAUUCCAAAAAAGGACCACUCCACAAAUUCUGCUUUGGGGCACUUUGUAUUAUUCAGUCCAUAUAAGUAUAAUAAAGAAGAAACUGCACGACUGGAGAGUGAGACAAUGCAGGCAGUAGACCGAGCUUGCCUGGAGAUCUGGCACUACACUGACGGAUGGGCAGUAAAUAGGCCCUCAGCCAUUAAACUGACAGUGUUAGUAAAUGAGACUGCUGGACUGCGUUCUGUGUGGAAUACAAGUGGAUAUAUGAAUGGCACAUGGAUCCAAGACAGGGUGGAUUAUAGUGCAUCAGGGCUUCAUCAGAUUAUUUUACAAGCGAGUUGUCCAGCUUCAAAGGAAGGGAGCUUUGCCCUGGAUGACAUCCACAUCAUCAGGGAGAAGUCUUGCAAUGACAUUAUCCCUACAACCACCCCGAACCCUGCCACCACAACCACCACUGCUCCUGCCUCUGCUAUGGACUGCACUUUUGAACAAGGUCCAUGUAGUUGGGUCCAGGAGGUCAGUGAUGAUAUGAACUGGACUCUCAGAAGUGGACUUCAAGUGGACCAGCCUUGGGAUGGACCUCAGUAUGAUCACACUAUUGGAAAUGAUCAAGGUUUCUUCUUACUGUUGAAUGGAUCUGGAUCUAAGGAUGGGGAGAGAGCAGGCAUCUUUGUUCCUGUCAUCAAUCUUACAUCACAUAUCUGUGUUGGAUUCUGGUACUACAUGCUCGGGCCUUCAGUAUCCACCUUGGAUUUGCUGGUUGAGACAAAAUCCUCUGAACUGUUAGUCUGGACUCGCCAAGGAACCCAGAAUCCAGAGUGGAUUAAUGCACAAGUAACCAUCAGCAUGAGCAAUACAAUGCGGGUGAUGUUCACUGGCCACAGAAACACCAACAGUAAAGGAUUCAUUGCCAUUGAUGACAUUACAGUGAGGGACGGGCCCUGCAGUAAUCAGAAUGUGUGUGGGUUUGAUUCCAACCUGUGUGGCUUUGGCAACGAUGUCAGUCAUAAGGGUCGCUGGGGUCACAAAAGAGCCUCAAAAAAUCAGGUGGACCACACCUAUGGAACUGAAAAUGGUUACUACAUGACUGUGAUGAUAUCAAACUCGACACAGAAUGAAGUAGCUCAGCUGCUCACACCUGAGAUCACCUCAGCUGCAGAGUUAUGUGUACGCUUCUGGUACUGGUUACCUGCAGGGCCUUCUGACAUCCUCGCCGUGCAUGUUCUGCGGAGCGGAGAGCUGGGUGAUGCACUUUGGCAACGGUCUGGAGCGCCCUCUUCAGGCUGGGAGGUGGCAGAGGUCACUGUGUCCUCCCCUGCAAAAUUCCACGUGGUGUUCAAGUCAGUCUAUGUGCCAGGCACUAACUCUACAGUGAAAUUAGACGAUAUUUCUGUGAGGGAUGGGGUCUGCAGUCCUCCAGGCAGCUGUGACUUUGAGUCCGGACAGUGCACCUGGGUCAAUGUCCCUAAAGAAGAUGGACAUGACUGGGUGCUGGCCAGUGGAGGCUUCCAGGGUCCACCGACAGACCACACCACUCAGACCCCAGAGGGUUGGUUCUUGUUGAGCUCAUCACUGCACCAAAACCACAGCAGUCUAGCACAGGUAUUGUCAGAAUGGAUCCAACCGAGGAAUACCACUUCCUGUCUCACCUUAUGGUACCGUAUGAACAGCAGUGACUCAGGGACAUUGAAGGUGUACAUGGGUUCAGGGCCAUCAGAGGAGGGUCUGAUGUUCAACAGCACCAGCAGCAGACGCAGCUGGACCAGGUUCUCUCAGUCUAUAGAGAGGAGCAAACCUUUCCAGCUGCUGAUCGAGGCACAGGCCAACAACAGAGGCUUUAUUGCCAUUGAUGACGUCAGUGUCACACCAGGCCUUUGCCAAGUGAAUGAAACAAGUUUGGGAUUUUUGGGUUGUUCAUUUGAAAAUGGCACGUGUGGCUGGGAGGACAUGAGUGUUGGCCAGGUUCAGUGGACGAGAGGAAGGAAUGCUACUGAGAACAUUGGACCCUCUGUGGACCACACAGUGGGGACUGAACUGGGUUGGUACAUGGCAGUGCAGUCUGACCGAGGAGAACAAAUGAGCCCUGCUGCUGUGCAGAGUCCCAAAAUGAAACAGGCCAGCGCCACCUGCACACUACACUUUUACUACAACAUGUAUGGAGAAGACAUAGAGGAGCUGAGUGUGGCGCUAAAUGGGGGCUCCAGGACCACCACGCUGUGGUGGCUAUCUGGUAACCAUGGAGAUUUGUGGCAUCACGCUGAGGUAACGGUUGGUCGAAUGCCUCAGGACUUCACCGUCCUGUUUGAAGCCUCCAGGACCUUCACCAAGCCUGGACACAUUGCCAUUGAUGACAUAGAUUUUACAAACUGCACCCUGCCUGAGCCCCAACCCUUAUGUCCAGAGAACAUGUUCACCUGCAACAACAGUGUGUGUGUUGAGCACAACCAAGUGUGUGACUUCAGUGAUGACUGUGGGGACUGGUCUGAUGAGAACAACUGUGAGCAACAAGGUCUUGUGGAGCGCUGCAGCUUUGAACAGGGCCUGUGUUCCUGGGCAGAAAGUGAUGUGGACACACCUGGAGCUGAGUGGACGCAUCACAAAGGACAGGAAGCCUGGUCCGAACAUGGGCCUCCCAGGGAUCACACCCACAACUCUGCUGCAGGUCACUAUGUCAUCCCUGGGACUCACCUGACUGAGAAGGGCCAGACGUCAGAGAUUCUCUCCAGAACCUUAUUACCCAGCUCUAACUGCACUGUGAGAUUCUUCUACUUCAGCCUGGACGAUGCUGCAGCCAGACUGACAGCCCAGUCCAGGACGCUACAGUCUGGUAGCGAUGACACUGUGCUGUGGCUCAGGGAAAACUCACAGAGUUACAGCUGGCAGAAAGCAGAGGUCACAUUCUCCUCCUCAGACAAUAGCAAGAUUGUAUUCCGAUAUGAGCGAGGUGAUGGUCGCAGAGGGCUGGUUGCGCUGGACGAUAUCUCUUUCUCCAGGGAGUGUGUAUUUGACCCCGACAACAACAUAUUGCCCACCUCUGCCCCACCUACAUCCUCUAACACACCCACUUCUGCCGCCACACCCUCAACCUCAACCGUACCAACCCACCCCUGUCAGGAUAAUGAGUUUUUCUGUUGGCGGUCCGCUGGGAAAGUGUGUAUUCUGGCUACUUUACAGUGCGAUUAUCAACCAGACUGCCCCGAGGGGGAGGACGAGGAUGACUGUGGUCCGUGCACAUUUGAGAGUAACCAGUGCCGAUGGACUGACACCAGUGAUGGACAGAGCAGGUGGCAGAGACAAAAAGCCAGUAACAACACUGAGCCGCCCACUGAUCACACUACAGACACAGGCUACUACAUGAGAGUGAAUUUUAGUCAGGGGUCUACACAGAGUGAGGCCCGACUCCAGAGUCCCGCACUCACCCCUUCAUCCCCCUACUGCCAGAUUCUGUUUCACUUCCACAUCAGUGCAGAGAGUGCUGGGUCACUCAGAGUGCUUAUGCAGCAAGCUGAGGGGAGUGAAGCAAUCCUGUGGUCACGCAGUCACAACACUAUCUCCCACUGGACCCCAGAACAUCUGCCUCUAAGCCCACACCAGCAACCUUAUAAGGUUUGGUUCAGUAGCAUGAAUAAAGUGACUCAGUCGGACACUACAGCAGGAGAUCACAUUGUUGCUGUGGAUGAUAUCUCAUUUCUAAACUGUGAAAAAUCCUACCAACCACCAGCUCUGUCUGCCUGCGGCUGUUCUUUUGAAGAAGGUCUGUGUGUUUGGGUGCAGGGGGCUGAAGAUGAGCUGGAGUGGCUCAGCAGCUCUGGUCCCACUGAAACCCCCAACACCGGGCCUGCAGGAGACCACACUACUGGCAAAGGUAAAUACCUUUUCAUCAAGAGUUCCCCGCCAAGUGUGAAGGGAAAUAUGGCCCAGCUGAAGUCGUCACUGCUGCCACCUGCUGGUGAAAAAGGAUACUGUUUCACAUUUUGGCACCAUAUGUUUGGAACCACUGUGGGCUCUUUGAGGAUGUUUCUACAAACAGCUGAUCCCUUGAAGAAAAUAUUGGUGUGGCAAAGAUCAGGAAAUCAAGGGGAUGAGUGGCUGCUUGUGCAGAUCCAUGUGACCCUGCAGAAAGUCCACCAAGUGAUUCUGGAGGCUACAGUGGGAGGACAGGCAGGAGACAUAGCCAUUGAUGACAUCUCUCUCAUCAGUGGACCAUGUCCUGCCUCUGAUAUGUGUGACUUCGAGGAGGGGAGCUGUAACUGGCAGCAACAGACCACGGAUGACUUUGACUGGGUCAGACAGUCGGGCUCCACCCUGAACCCCAACACUGGGCCAGACAGCGACCACACCACCAACACACCCACGGGCCACUACUACUACCUGUCCUCUUCUGCUGCUGACCGCGCCGGACAGACAGCUAAAAUGUCUUCACCGCUGUACCCUGCAGGCAAAGGAGCUUGUGUGCAGCUGUGGUACCACAUGUAUGGCAAAGGAAUGGGGAUGCUGAACGUUUACCAGCAGAGCAAAGAAGGGAAGGAAGCUCUGAUUUUCUCUCAGACAGGAGACCAGGGCCGGCUGUGGAGAUUUGCUCAGGCUUCACUUCUGCCUCGAGUUCAGCCUUACAGGAUCGUGGUGGAAGGUGUGAAAGCUGGCCCCACCCAGGAGGGAGACAUGGCUUUUGAUGAUGUUCAGCUGACAGAUGCUCAGUGUCCUCCUCCUGGACGUUGUGACUUUGAGCGCAACACGUGUAGCUGGAGCAACCUGGGAGGAGGAGUCGACCAGGGGGACUGGCUUCGCGGUAGAGGAGCCUCCCCAAAUCCCAAUACGGGACCCAGUGUCGAUCACACCACCAACUCAAACCACGGUUAUUAUAUGUAUGUGGACAGCUCAGUGGGUGAGUGGGGAGACAUGUCCUUCCUCAUCAGUGAUGUGUUCCAGCCGUCCACAAGAGGUCUCUGUCUGACAUUCUGGUACCACAUGUAUGGCAACCACGUUGGGACUCUCAGAGUUUACAUAAACGACAGAAAACAGCACAGUGGUGACAACGAAGAAGGGAUUCUGAAGUGGACUGAGACGGGAAACAAGGGAGACAAGUGGCUGGAGGCCACUGUGCCUAUUAAACAUAAAGAAGAAUUCUGGUUUGUGUUUGUGUAUCAGCGGGGGAUGAACACAGGUGGGGACGUUGCUCUUGAUGACAUCACCAUCCUCCCUGGCGGCUGCUACUCACAGCCUCCCAUUGACCCACCAGAUGAUGAUAAUGAUAUGUUAUCCAUUGGUCUGGCAGUUGGUCUGACUCUGCUGGCUGGAGUCAUCAUCUGCAUCUUCCUCUUUAUGCUGAACAGGAAGCACAGUACAAUGAAUCAGCCGUUAAUAAAUAACAACGCAAUUAACCAGGACUCUGCAUUUGAUCUCUAUGACUGCAAAAUAGAUGGCACACAACAUGGAACUGAAUCAGACUUUUCCUUCUUCAACAAACUGUAUAAUCCAUCGCCGCAUGUAACUGAUGCCAGUAUGGCUUCAUCUGAUGCUUAGUCCAGACUAAUAACUACAGGGAAACUAAUAAACCACAACCUGUUUGUAAAUUAUGUGUUCUGAGAGAUAUUUGAUUUCCAUUAAAACUGUUAUUUAGAAGAUGAAUAACCCACCCCCGCUUUGAUUGUGAAAAUGGUAUGGUUGAAACAUUUGGCCAUUCAGAUGUGCGGGACCCACAACUGUAAAGCGAGUCUUUUCAAGCGGACACUACACUGCAGCCUGUCAGGGGCCCAAGAAAAGAAAAGCCAAAUCACACAGAGGAAAAUAAAAUCAUUGGCAGACAAUGGCCAAAUAUCUGUCUAAAAAGAGUGUUAAGAAGCACCAUAUAUGUCUGACAGGCGAAGGUGAGGAGCUAUCAGUUAGGCAGACUAGUAAAGCUUUAGCCUGCUUAACUUUCAAGUAAUGUUAACACCAGAGCUGCCAACUCACAUUGAGCAUGAGACUCAUGACACUUUUCACAUGCUCUCAUGCUACAGAUCAAUUUUCUCCCGCAGUGAAAAACAAAUGUAUAGCCUAAGACUUGGGGCGAGUGAACUCCACCCAGCUGAUGUCGCUGUAACUAACUGAAAGAGUUUUGCAAAUUAAACAUCUAAAAUCUU